AAUAAUUACAUUACUGCAGGGCGUACGCCACGAUUAUGCGCAAUUGUAAUCAAUGUAACAGAGCGGAAGGUCUUUGCCCCGCCGGGCGAUCAAGCAUCCCGCCUCACAUCAAGGAUCUUAACCGCUUAUUUAAGACUGCUUUGACUACAUCUCUUCCCCUACUAUCCCUUUCUCUCGUAAUACCUGAGUUACAUAACGAGCAUCUUUCUAAACCACCCCCGAAGCAACAUGGCAACCAUCCUGACCCUUCUCUACCCAAUCCCCGCCGCUGGUGUUGAUGCAUUUGACAUUGAAUACUACCUCAACACCCAUCUACCACUAGCCCUGGAUGCGUGGUCCAAGUACGGCCUAAAAAAAUGGUCUGUCGUGAAGCUGGCACCUGAGACUGGCUAUUCCGUACAGACAAUCAUGAUUUGGGACAGCCCGCAAAGUAUCGGCAACGCAAUGAAGGAGGCGGGUGCCGAGGUCUUGGGUGAUCUCAAGAACUUCAGCACAGAGAAACCAGUGGUUAUUCAGGGUGUUGCUGCUGCUGGAACUUUGGAAUAGUCAUAUCAGGGACGCACGUGUCAGCAAUGCAGUUCAUCAAUUAAGUCAAUAAGAAGUGAAAUCCCGUCUGUUCAAUGUGCGGCGCUUAGCUCAGACAAA